AUGCUGUACGAAUUGAUUGCUAUUGUCCGUCCGGGCAGUCUCAAUGAGGUCCGAGACAUCGCCCGUAAUGCCGGUGUUCAGGUCCUCCGAUCUGGCGGCGUGAUCCGCGGCUACAACAACUGGGGCACUUUCCGACUACCCAGGCCUACCACGAAACAUCAGGCCAGAUACACCGAAGGCCACCACUUCGUCAUGCGCUUCGACGCCUCGGGCCCCGUCCAGACCGCUGUCCGAAGAACCCUCGGCCUCGAUCCCCGAAUGAUUCGAUUCUCGGUGGUGAAGUUGGGCGACAAACUCGAGGAAAUCAAGGAUGUGGAGGGCCAUAUCAAGUGGAACAAUUCCCGCAAAAUCUCCGAAUCGAUCUAG